AUUGCAGGAGGAACGCAGCAUUUGUUGAACGGUUCGUUCCGAAAUUUUACAAAAUUUCAAAUUUUUCCUGAAAUCUUUACUUGUAGGGACAAACCCUGCAAGCCAAGCAGUUGGAAAGGGACGAUACCUUGAUCGGCGUGCAUUAAACUGUGUAUGGCAAAAAGUCACACAGUACACGAAACAAGUGACAAGUGAGUGAGACACUAACCUAGCAUAAGAAUAAACAUUGGAACCGUUUCACAGGAUUGGAUAUAUGUACCUAUACCCGAAAGAAUAAUUAUAUUGGAUUACAUCACACACAUCACACUGACGGAACCAAAUUGGUUAACCCGACAUAGUGCUCCCAAACAAUUGUUUAAUACGGCUACAAAAUUUUACCGGCAUAUUUAACGCAGACGUUAUGGGAAAGUGAAUUUUGUUUAAUAUUUAUUGCUUGUGCUUGUCUAGGAGCUGAAGCUUGCAUUUAUUAAUCGUUAAAGUGGAGUGGUGAUAAUAAUAAUUAUUAUAAUUAAUAAGUUGUGUUAAAAGUUCAACAACACAUUCUUCGCCGUUAGUUUUGUCUCUCUGGAUGCACUUACAUACAAAUAACGGAGGAGACUAAUCAAUUAUUUGUUUACAAACAUUACCCUAACUUUGUUCGUGUUGUUAUCAAUUGAAAGUAAAGUGGAUAAUUAUUGUUAUUGAUUCGGCUAUAAAUACACAAUAAAUACAAGACGCCCAGCUAUACACGACCAACACAGUUGUAAUAAUGCGACAGUUGGAGGUAAAGGAGAUCAUCACACCACCACCACGUCUAAGACGAAAUCGUAUUAAUAAAUAAAUACUGACUCAGUAAGAGACCCAAGAGCAAGACAAGAAGAGGAAAAGAAGAAGAACCCUCCGGUUUAGAGGAAACCUUCAAAACUUGACUCGAUAGAAUUGGAUUAGUGUUUUUACGCAGAAGAAGAAACUUUUCUUCUUCUUCUCUCAGAGUUUGGUGGGUGAAUUUGGUUCUUGGCUGGCUGGCUUGGCUUGUCUUGUCAGGAAUUAAGCAAGGAAACCUUCUCUCAGACCACAUCCUACCCUGGAAUUGGAUUGGUAGACUGGGAAGAAGAAGAAGAAGUUAAAGAAUUAUUAAACGUUUAGUUUGAGCAUUUAACAACAUUUUGGAAACAUGUAUCCGGCUCCGACGAGACAUGGUCCUCCUGCUGGGGCACCUCCAGCAGGCAGCGGCCCAGUGAAGUUCACCAUUGCGGAAACGCUGGAAAGAAUUAAGGACGAGUUUAACUUUCUUCAAUCGCAGUAUCACGGGAUCAAAUUGGAGUGUGAGAAAAUUUCAUCAGAGAAGACCGAGAUGCAAAGACAUUAUGUUAUGUAUUACGAGAUGUCGUAUGGCCUGAACGUUGAAAUGCACAAACAGACGGAAGUUGCAAAAAGACUUAAUGCCAUCAUUGCCCAAAUCCUCCCGUUCUUACAACAAGAGCACCAGCAGCAAGUAGCUACCGCAGUGGAACGGGCCAAGCAAGUCACCAUGACCGAACUCAACGCAAUAAUUGGGCAGCAACAGCAAGGGCUUCAACAAUUAUUGUUGGGUGCUGGUGGCGGAGCUCCGGGUUCAGCCCCCCAUCCUGGAGGACCGGGAGGCAUUCCGCUUGGUCACCACUUAGCAGCUGCCGGUCUUCCGCCAAUGCCUGGGGCCCCUUUGAUCGGCUUCCCUCCAAGCGGCCUUCCACCCUCAGUGUCUGUCGCGGGUCCUCAUCCACCCCCACCUGGACACCACCCGGGAGGACUCCCUCUCCCCCACCCACUCUCCAUCAAGUCAGAACCCAGAGAUGAGCAUGGUAGCAACAAACAUUCUGAGGAUAUGAGAAAUAGAAACUCGCUGUCCCCAAUGGAGCAACGAGAGAGAGAAAGGGAACAGCGUGAAAGGGAACGAGAGCGAGAAAGGCGAAUGAGGUCACCACCGUCCGAAUCUGACGGUGGACAUGACUCACACAAGAGGCGAAAGGAGGAAAUCAACAAACAGAAUGCUCACGACAGGGACCGCAAUAAUGGUGAUGACAGUGACGGCGAACGAAGUGACCAAGAUUUGGUUGUAGAUGUUGCAAAUGAGGAUCACGGAUCACCCAGAGCCAAUGGGGACACGAAAGAAGAAAAUUUCGGACCCCGCAGUUCUGAACGACCGAGGAGUCGAAGCGGCUCCUCGUCCAGUCGGUCUACUCCCUCCUUGAAAAUUAAAGAUGGAGAAAAUUCUACAACUCCCAAUUCAAAGUCUGUGACCCCCACGCCUGGUUCUGGACCCCGUCCAUCCAUGCCCUACCCUUAUUCUCCUGCUGCUGGUAUUCGACCCGGCGAUGCCAUCCCUCCCGGCUACCCGCCUCCAGGUCUCCAUAACGGAGGAAAUGGCGGAUACGCUCGCCCAAUGGGGUUUGACCACCCGGGUGCAUCGUCUCGAGGAUCUCAAUUACCUCCAAAUGGAAACGGAUUACCAACAUUACCUGGGGGGAAGCCGGCAUAUUCCUUCCACGUAUCCGCCGAGGGUAAGAUGCAGCCCGUACCCUUCCCUCCAGACGCCCUAGUCGGACCAGGAAUCCCUCGCCAUGCUCGACAAAUCAAUACCUUAACUCAUGGUGAAGUGGUUUGUGCAGUGACCAUCAGCAACCCCACAAAAUAUGUGUAUACUGGAGGCAAAGGAUGUGUGAAAGUUUGGGACAUUAGUCAACCUGGCUCAAAAACACCAGUGUCCCAAUUGGACUGUCUGCAGAAAGACAAUUACAUCCGGUCCGUCAAACUAUUGCCAGACGGAAGAACUUUGAUUGUGGGCGGGGAAGCAAGCACUAUUUCUAUUUGGGAUCUAGGAGGUGUGGGGCAGCCUAGAAUUAAGGGAGAGUUGCCCUCCUCCGCUCCUGCCUGUUAUGCACUUGCCAUUUCUCCAGACUCGAAAGUGUGCUUCAGCUGCUGCAGUGACGGCAAUAUUGCCGUUUGGGAUCUCCACAACCAAACCCUCGUGCGACAAUUUCAAGGUCACACCGACGGUGCCAGUUGCAUAGAUAUUUCUGCGGAUGGUUCGAAACUGUGGACGGGUGGGCUGGACAACACGGUUCGAUCUUGGGAUCUCAGAGAAGGUCGGCAACUUCAACAGCACGACUUCUCCUCCCAAAUAUUUUCCUUGGGCUACUGUCCAACUGGGGAGUGGCUCGCCGUUGGGAUGGAGAAUUCGAACGUCGAAGUGCUCCACUGCACCAAGCCCGACAAAUACCAACUCCACCUGCACGACUCGUGCGUGCUUUCACUCAAAUUUGCUGCGAACGGCAAGUGGUUUGUGAGCACUGGGAAAGACAACCUGCUAAACGCGUGGCGUCAGCCGUAUGGUGCGAGCAUAUUUCAAAGCAAAGAGUCGUCUUCUGUACUAUCUUGUGAUAUCAGUACCGAUGAUAAGUACAUUGUCACCGGCUCUGGAGACAAGAAGGCGACAGUCUACGAAGUUAUUUACUAAGACUAAAAUUAUACAUGGACUACAACCAACUACAUAUACAUAGUUCGAACAACGUUGUUCACUAAAACACAAGACUUACCUUAUUAAAUAUCUACCUGUUUGCUGUAGGUUGUUUUUAUUAGAUUAUAGAUUUUAAUGUCUGAAUUUUUAUAAUCGAGUUAUAAUUUUAGACCAUCUUCCAGACAGUAUGCAUGUACUUUGUGGGGUGGUCCGACUACUCAUAAAUAGAGAGAUGGCCAGACCAGUAGACUUCCAGACAGGACUUUAUGACUCUAAAAUUGUAGUGUUUUUUAAUGUUAAGCAUUGUCUGAUUAAUUUGUCGGGGUUUCAUAAUUAAUUUUCCACUUUGCAUUUUUGUUACAUUAUAUUCCGUGUUUUUUGGAUUGGACUUGAAUUCUGAGCUGUAACUUAGGUGUAUUCGAAUAUUGAGCAAAAUAAUACUUUUUCAUACAAGUUCAAAAUAUUCAAUAAGCAAAUGAGCAUUUGUUUACGCAUAAUUUUAGUGGAAAAGUACAAUUUUUGCUAGUAGAAAUAUUUGUAAAUAAUAUAAAAUUUGCGGGUAAUGUAAUGAAACUUGCAUGAAAAGAUGCAGAAAUUCAAAUAAUUUUAUAACUCAAUUAAGGGUUUUUUUCUGCUGCUGAUAACGUAUAAGGUGAUCCAUAUUAGAUUUAGUUUUAAUCAAGCAUGAAUAAUGCCUAUGAUGGAGUUUUAAUGGAUUCUUAAACAUUGUUCAGUAAUAACCGAGCAUGAUGACAAAACAAUAAUAUGAAAUAGGUGUACGCACUCUUCACAUUUUAAUACUUGGUUACUCUCAAUAUGCUCUUGUCAUCCGAUGCAUUUCAAAUAAUUAAGUAUCCUGCUCUUCUUCAAUAAGUACUGCUACGCUGCCUAAGCUAAGGAAGAAUAAAAAUAAUUAAUUUAAAACCCGUUACAAUAUUAUCCGACGGGGUCUUUUUAGCUUUGAUGAAAUUAUACCACUAGAAAGCAUAGUAAUAUUUAAAUUAGUCGUAGGUAAGAAACAUAUUGUGAACUUUUAAAAUUCUGAUGAUGAUUCAGGAAAAUGAAUAAAUGUUGCUAUUUAUAAAUAA